AGCAUCGACGCCGAAGCUGGUAUGGGGUUUUAGUGUUUUGAGAGGUUUCUCAUGGCCAUGGCUGCCUCCGAAAAUACGAAAUGGUUUAGGGCGUCCAUCGCCUUAAUCGUUGCAGCGGUUUCUACUUCAGUAGCUGUUUCAGUUCUCAUUUUCAGGAGGAAGUCGAGGGAUUGGACUUCCAAGAUUCGUGAGCUUGAGAUCUCUCUCAAGGCUUCCUUAGAGAAAUGUGCUGCUGAGAGGCAAGGUAGAGUUAGGGCUCAGCAGGUUAACAAUGCUAUCAUCUUUGGGUUCUUAUGUGGUACAUUAAUCUAGACGAGUCCGUGAUGUUGUUUGUACUGUUCCUUGUAGGCUUUGAGGGAAGCAUUGACAAAAGUCACACAACAUAAUUCUGACAAGUUGGAGAUAGUAUCUUACCCCAUGACACCCAUUGCUGUUGUUCAAUCAUGCUUUACCACAAGAAAUGGGACACCAAGGCAACCUUUGCUUGUACCUCUUGCUAGGGCAUGUUUAAUAUUGGAUUCAAGCCGGGUUCCUCCAGCAGCCCUUGAAGGUCUUGGAGAAUAUUCUCAUUGUUGGAUUCUUUAUGUUUUUCAUUUAAAUACAGACCUGGAAAAGUUAUGGAAGCAGCCAUCUAAAUCAAAGUUCAAGGCAAAGGUGAGAGUACCAAGACUCAAAGGUUGCAAAAUGGGAGUUUUUGCAACUAGAUCUCCACAUCGACUAUGCCCCAUUGGGCUUACAGUUGCCAAAGUGGAGGCAGUGCGAGGACGUAUGGUUCUUCUUUCUGGUGUAGACCUGGUUGAUGGCACACCUGUACUUGAUGUCAAACCUUAUUUACCAUAUUGCGACAGCAUCCCAGGAGCAACAGUGCCUAAGUGGGUAAUGGAGGACAAUUUGUUAGCUGUUGCAUCUAUCAACUUCUCCCAGGAAUUCUCUUCCACUCUUGCCAAUUUCUGGGCGACAACUGAGAAAACAUCACUCUAUGCAUCACCAGAUGAGAUCCAGAGCUUGAUCAAGCAGGUACUUUCAUGGGAUAUACGGUCAGUUUCACAGCGCAAUCGACCUCAUAAUGUCUUAUGGAAGAUGGAAAACUGUUCUGUUGGUGAUAUAAGUUCAGAUUUGGAAGGAGAUGAAGUUUCUAGCAAUGAGGGCGGGCAAUUUCUUUCUAGUGAUAUAACUUAUCAUCUAAUGUUGGAAGGAAUUGACAUAUCAUACAGAAUUGAUGUUGAUCGUAACGUUAUUGUAGAGAAAGCAUCUCUUUCUCCUGAAGUCCACAAUGGUAUUCGAAACCGCUGUAAUUACAUGAUGUGGAGAGAUGGAAAUGGUUAAUUAAUUCAGUUCAGGGACUUAAAUCUUAUGAUUUAAUUAAUUUGUGUGUUAUAAAAUUGCCUACUACUGCAUUUUCUGCAACAACAUUGAACUGUAUUAUAGUUUUCUUACCGAGGUUUAUCUUGAACAGUGUU